GGGGAACUCAGGUGCAUGAGUGAUUGGAAGGGGUGGAACCAGGAUUCACCCCUUCCCAGAUCUCAGUUAAGGGCUGAUAGUGGGGGCAAGCAUUUCUCUUUGGAGAUCCCUGUGUACUGGAUACUGUUUAAGGGUUUAUUUCCUGCAGUGCUGAACUUGGCUACUAGUGCUCUCAUCACAACCAAUGCUACCUGUGGGGAAAAGGGUCGGGAAAUGUACUGCAAACUUGUUGAACAUGUUCCUGGACAGCCUGCAAGAAAUCCUCAGUGCCGUAUUUGUGAUCAAAGGAGUAGGGUUCCACAUCAACGACAUCCAAUUACAAAUGCAAUUGAUGGCAAGAACACUUGGUGGCAAAGUCCUAGUAUCCAGAAUGGAAUUGAAUAUCAUUACGUGACUAUUACACUGGACCUCCAACAGAUUUUCCAGAUUGCAUAUGUUAUUGUGAAAGCAGCUAAUUCACCUCGACCUGGGAAUUGGAUAUUAGAGCGUUCUCUGGAUGGUGUAGACUAUCAUCCAUGGCAGUAUUAUGCUAUUACAGAUAGCGAGUGCCUGACACGCUACAACAUUCAUCCCCGUCCUGGAACUCCAUCCUAUAUAAAAGAUGAUGAAGUUAUAUGCACCUCUUAUUAUUCUAAGAUACAUCCACUGGAGAAUGGAGAGAUUCACACUUCUCUAAUUAAUGGACGGCCUAGUGCUGAUGAUCCUUCACGUACAUUACUGGAAUUCACCUCUGCACGCUUUAUUCGCCUGAGAUUUCAGAGGAUACGGACAUUAAAUGCUGAUUUAAUGAUGUUUGCACACAAAGAUCCCACUGAAAUUGAUCCCAUCGUUACAAGGAGGUAUUACUAUUCUAUAAAAGAUAUCUCAGUUGGUGGCAUGUGCAUAUGCUCAGGCCAUGCAAAGGCUUGUCCACUUGAUCCGGUGACCAAUAAAUCUGUCUGUCAGUGUGAGCACAACACUUGUGGAGAGACAUGUGAUCGGUGUUGUCCUGGUUUCAAUCAAAAGCCUUGGCAUGCUGGGACUUUCCUGGUUAAGCAUGAAUGUGAACCAUGCAACUGUCAUGGGAAGACUGAAGAAUGUUACUACGAUCAGAACGUGGCAGACAGAAAUCAGAGUUUGAAUAUUUUUGGAGAAUACGUUGGAGGUGGAGUGUGUGUUAAUUGUACAAGCCACACUGACGGCAUAAACUGUGAGACCUGUGUUGAUGGCUACUUCAGACCUGAAGGGGUAUUGCCAGAUAGCCCAGAUCCAUGCCAGCCUUGUUCCUGUGAUCCAGUCGGAUCUUUACAUGAAACCUGUGUCAAAGAUGAAAAACAUGCAGAAGGAGAUAUGUUGCCUGGUUUCUGUCACUGCAAGACCGGCUAUGGAGGAGAGCACUGCAAUAGAUGUGCCUUGGGUUAUACAGGAUAUCCUGACUGCCUGCCCUGCAACUGCUCAGUGGAAGGCAGCAUGAAUAUUGAUCCUUGUGUAGGUCUCUGUGUCUGCAAGGAACAUGUUGAAGGAGAAAACUGUGAUCGCUGCAAAUCAGGCUUCUUCAAUCUGCAGCAAAAUAAUCCCAAAGGCUGUGAGGAAUGUUUCUGCUCCGGGAAAACAAAUGUCUGCACAAGCUCUCACUUUACAUACAGAAAUAUAGAAGAUAUGAAUGGUUGGUACCUAGUUGGCAUAUCUGGUCUCAUCCGAGUUACUCCUAAGCAAAAGAGCAUUGGUGGGCGUCAGCAGCUUAGCAUCAACAACGUGUCUGCACGUAAAGUACUACCACAGACUUAUUAUUGGAGUGCACCCAGUUCUUAUUUGGGCAACAAAGUAACAGCAGCUGGAGGGCUUCUGAAAUUUACAGUCUCCUAUGAUUUCACAAAGCAAGAAGAAGCAUCUCAAUUGAUGGUCCAGCCUGAUGUCAUCAUAGAGGGAGGAGGUGAUUUGAGAAUCAGCACUCCAAAAGGCCGAAUUCACCUGCAGCCUUCUGAAGUGCAUACUGAAGAAAUUGUUCUGAAACCAGAAUCUUUCUCUUUGCAUGGCACUGAUGUUCCAGUAAGCAGGAGGGAUUUCAUGACCAUAUUUGCAAACAUAAAGAGGAUCCUCAUAAGAGCCACAUACAGCUAUGGGAUGAAUGCCAUCUACAGACUAAAUGAUGUUAGCAUUGAAGCUGCUGACUAUUCUUCAACUGGGAGAAAGCUGGCAUCUCCAGUGGAGUUAUGUGACUGUCCCCCAGGUUAUGAUGGUACUUCAUGUGAGUAUUGCUGGCCACAACACAGACGUGUGAAUGGCACAAUCUUUGGUGGAGUCUGCAUGCCAUGUACAUGCUUUGGUCAUGCAGAAUCAUGUGAUGAUAUCACAGGGGAAUGCCUGGACUGCAAACACAACACAGGUGGUUCUUAUUGUGAUAGAUGUCUUCCUGGUUUCUAUGGUGAUCCUACUAAAGGAACAGCUGAAGACUGUCAGUUGUGUGCUUGCCCACUAAAUAUACCUUCUAACAACUUUAGCCCAACAUGCCAUUUUGACCGAAGCCAUGGAUUAAUAUGUGAUGAAUGCCCAGUUGGGUAUGUGGGACCACGCUGUGAGAGGUGUGCAGAAGGCUAUUUUGGACAACCUCUAAUACCAGGGGGAUCAUGCCAACCAUGCCAAUGUAAUAACAACCUUGACUUAUCCGUUCCUGGCAGCUGUGACAGCUUGUCUGGUGCUUGCCUGAUAUGUAAGUCAGGUACAACGGGCCAGUUUUGUGAAAGGUGUGCUGAUGGAUAUUUUGGUGAUGCUCUUGAUGCAAGGAACUGUCAACCCUGCCGUUGCCACGUCAAUGGAUCCAUCUCAGAGAUCUGUGACUCUCAGACUGGCCAGUGUGAGUGUAAAGCCAACGUGGUUGGGCGCCAGUGUGACAUGUGCAAGCCCAGCUACUUCUGGGCCCCAGAUAAACGGUUUUGUAUACCCUGUGGCUGCAGUGCCUUAGGAUCCAUGUCACUGCAAUGUGAUAUAUCAGGAAGAUGUAUCUGCAAAUCAGGAUUCACAGGCAAACGCUGUGAAAUCAGCAGACAGGUGCCUAAAUUGAAAGAAAGUGCAAGAAGCAGUCAGCAGAUUCGAGUCCCCCCUCGGAGAUGGGGCUUCAGCAGUGCCAGUGGGUGCCCACGGGGCGCUUACCAGCCUGCUACUCUGCCUGAAACAUUUGGCUUACAGUCUUCCAGAGGAUGUGUUCCCUGCAACUGCAACUCUUUUGGUUCCAAAUCCUUUGACUGCGAUGGAAAUGGACAGUGUUACUGCCAGCCAGGAGUGACAGGGAAGAAGUGUGACCGUUGUGCUCAUGGAUUUUACAACUUUGAAGAAGGAGGCUGUACACCCUGUGCCUGUUCACAAUUUGGUAAUAAUUGUGAUCCCGUCAGUGGCCGCUGUAUCUGUCCCCCCAAUACCAUUGGAGAGAUGUGUGACAAGUGUGCACCAAAUCACUGGGGCCAUGACAUUGUCCAUGGUUGCAAGCCCUGUAACUGUAGCUUCCAUGGAGCCCUAAGUUCUCAGUGUGACUUAAAUACAGGCUGCUGCUACUGCCGCCCUGAAUUCUCUGGGGAUAAAUGCACUGAGUGCAGGUCCGGUUACUGGAAUUAUCCACAAUGUGUUGCUUGUCAGUGUGUCCUGUCUGGGACUGAUCCACGGAGCUGUGAUACAGAUUUGGGGACAUGCUCAUGUGUUAAUCAUACUGGCCAGUGCAGCUGCAAGGUCAACGUGGAAGGUGUCCACUGUGACAGGUGCAAGUCUGGCACAUUUGGCCUCUCUGCCAGAAACCCACUUGGCUGCAGCAGUUGCUAUUGCUUUGGCUUGACUACACAGUGUAGUGAGGCAAGGGGUCUGAUCCGCGUGUGGGUGACCUUGAGGCCGGAGCAAAUGGUUCUGCCACUGGUGGAUGAAAACCUUCACCAAAGCACUCUUUCAGGGAUUGCAUUCCAGCCUCCUGAAAUAGUGGCAAAUAUAGAGCAGGUGAUGCAGAUUCUUCGGUCAGAACCUGUUUACUGGAGGCUUCCAGAGCAGUUUGAAGGACGAAAGCUGACUGCUUACGGAGGGAAACUAAAAUAUGCAAUCUACUUUGAAGCACGAGAAGAAACAGGUUUUACUACUUACUACCCCCAAGUGAUCAUCAGAGGUGGCCCUCCCACCCAUACAAGAAUUAUUGUCCGUCAUAUGGCUGCCCCUCUGAUUGGACAGCUGACAAGGCAUGAGAUAGAACUGACAGAGCAUGAAUGGGAAUAUUAUGGUGAUGGCCAAAGAGUGAGAAACGUUGUGCACUGGGAAUAUCAGGAUGACUCAACAGUCAACAAGACUACGUCUCAGGCAGAUUUUACAUGGAAAUAUUAUGCAGAUGAUUCAAGGCCAAGUAGAGUUGUAUCCCGGGAAGACUUCCUGAAUGUGCUGUAUGAUGUUCAUUACAUUCUUAUUAAGGCUACUCAUGGCAACAUCAUGAGGCAGAGCAGGAUUUCUGAGAUCUCAAUGGAAGUUGCUGAAGGUGGCAUUGUUUCUGGAAUGACUCCUCAGGCUAACUUGAUUGAGCAAUGUGACUGCCCACUGGGUUAUUCUGGUUUGUCAUGCGAGUCGUGCUCUCCAGGAUUUUACAGACUACACGCCUCACAUGGAGGAAGGAUACCUAGUCAGUCCCUAGGUACCUGUGUUAUGUGUCAAUGUCAUGGGCACAGUACUAUGUGUGACCCUGAAACAUCAGUUUGUCAGAAUUGUCAGCACAAUACUGCUGGUCAGCACUGUGAGAUAUGUGCUUUGGGAUUUUAUGGCAUUGUACAAGGAUCUCCAGAGGACUGCCAGCCUUGUGCUUGUCCCCUAUCCAUUUCCAGUAACAAUUUUAGCCCUUCUUGUGUUCUGGAAGGACCUAGUGAUUAUCGGUGUACUGCAUGCCCACCUGGAUAUGAAGGCCAGUAUUGUGAAAGAUGUUCUCCUGGCUACACAGGGAAUCCACAAACCCCAGGAGGAUCCUGCCAGGAAUGUGAGUGUGAUCAAUAUGGUUCUAUGCCUGUCCCAUGUGACCCUGCCACUGGAGUGUGUACUUGCAAGCCUGGAUUCACAGGGUGGAAGUGUGCUGGCUGUGAACAUCGAUAUGCACGUGAUGGCAUGAAAUGCAUUUCUUGCGAUGAUGAAUGUACUGGACUCCUUCUUGAUGACCUGGAUCGACUAAACCAGAUGAUCAUGAGUGUUAACCUGACUGGUCCACUGCCUGCUCCAUAUAAAUUGUUGUAUAGUUUUGAGAACACCACACAGGAAUUAAAGCAUUUGCUUUCACCUCAGCGAGCACCAGAAAGACUUCUUCAGUUAGCUCAGGAAAAUCUGGAUACACUGGUGACAGAAAUGGAUGAACUACUGACAAGAGCUACCAAGGUGACAGCAGAUGGUGAGCAAACAAGGCAGGAUGCUGAGAGGACUAAUGACAGAGCAAGAUCUCUUGGACAGUUCAUGAAAAGCAUUCUCCAAGCUGCUGAAGCUGUAAAUGAAGAUGCUAUAAGACUGAAUGAAACGCUUGGAACCCCAGACAAAACCUUGGAGAAGAGUUUCCCAGAACUGCAGAGUGAGGCUGACAGAAUGGUCACAGAAAUGAGAAGUAAAAAGCUGAAUAUGCAAGAAAGAAUAGCUCAGGAUGAGUUCAAGAAUGCGGAAGAUCUUUUGAACAAAGUGAAGAAAUUAUUUGGAGAGCCCAGUGAGAAAAACGAGGAUCUCAAAAAUGAAGUUUGGGACAAGCUAGCAAACUACCACACCAAAGUUGAUGAUGCUCGAGAUCUCCUAAGAGAUGCUAUGAAAAAAAUUAGAGAGGCUAAUCAUUUAUCUGCAGUCAACCAAAAUAACAUGACCAUGGUAGAGAAAAAGAAGCAAGCUGUAGAAGAUGGCAGGAAAGGUGUUGAGAAGAGUCUGCAGGAAGGGAAUGAAAUCCUUAAUGAAGCCAACAACCUAACAAAUGAAAUCAACUUAGCUGUAGAGUACGUGGAAAGUGUUGCAGAUAAGAUACAGUCAAUGUCCGAUCAGCUGAAAGAUAAAAUAGACGAUUUAUCACAAGAAAUUCAAGACAAAAUGCUUCCAGAAAAGGUAUUACAAGCUGAGAACCAUGCAGCACAGCUGAAUGAAUCAUCUGCAGUACUGGAUGGAAUCCUUGCUGAAGCCAAAAACAUUUCUUUCAAUGCCACACUUGCUUUCAAUGCUUAUACCAACAUCAAGGAUAACAUAGAUGAAGCUGAAAAAGUUGCCAAGGAAGCCAAGGUUCUUGCAAAUGAAGCUAUGAAAGCGACAUCUGGUCCUCAAGGAUCACUGAAGGAUGAUGCCAAGAGCUCUCUUCAGAAAAGUUUCAAGGUCUUUAAUGAUGCCACGGUUCUAGAAAAUGAUGUUGAAGAACAGGAGGAUAACCUGGACAGCAUGCAGAACAGACUGAAAGAAGCUGAUGAGAAGAAUUCUAUUCUCCUGAAAACUUUGAAUGAAACCUUUGGGAAGCUCUCAGCCAUUCCUAAUGAUACAGCUGUAAAGGUACAGGCAGCUAAAGAAAAAGCAAGACAAGCCAACAAUACUGCAAAUGAUGUCCUGGCUCAGAUUAAAGACCUCAACCAGAAUCUCCUUGGCUUAAGAAACAACUACAGUAAGCUUGCAGAUGAUGUGGCAAAAACAAAUGCUGUUGUGAAGGAUCCUAUCAAGAACAAAAUAAUUGCUGAUGCGGAUUCUAGUAUAAAACACCUGGAAAAGGAGGCAGAUCGCCUACUAGAUAAACUCAAGCCAAUCAAAGAACUUCAGGAUAAUUUAGGGAAAAACAUUUCUCAGAUAAAAGAGCUGAUAAACCAAGCUCGGAAGCAAGCCAAUUCGAUCAAAGUGUCUGUGUCUUCUGGAGGCAACUGUAUUCGGACAUACAGACCAGAAAUAAAGAAAGGAACAUACAAUACCAUCAUUGUCAAUGUGAAGACUGCAGUUGCUGACAAUCUGCUUUUUUACCUUGGAAGUGCCAAGUUUACUGACUUCUUGGCCAUAGAAAUGCGGAAAGGCAAGGUGAGCUUCCUGUGGGAUGUGGGAUCUGGUGUUGGACGCGUAGAGUAUCCAGAUCUAACCAUUAAUGAUGGGUUUUGGUACCGGAUUGAAGCCUCUAGGACUGGGAAAAAUGGCACAAUAUCAGUGCGAGCUCUGGAUGGCCCCAAAGCCAGCAUUGUGCCAGCCACUUUCAGUGGUGUCUCUCCACCUGGAUAUACCAUUUUGGAUGUAGAUGCUAAUGCCCUGCUGUUUGUUGGAGGUUUAACUGGAAAAAUAAAGAAAUCAGAUGCUGUAAGAGUAACCACUUUCACAGGCUGUAUGGGCGAAACCUUCCUAGACAGCAAACCCAUAGGACUGUGGAAUUUCAGAGAUAUAGAGGGUGACUGCAAAGGGUGUGCCGUCAGCCCGCAGGUGGCAGAUGGUGAAGGAACAGUCCAGUUUGAUGGUGACAGCUAUGCUGUAGUGAGCCGCCCAAUCCGCUGGAACCCUAAUAUUUCUACAGUCAUGUUCAAAUUCAGGACCUUCUCAUCCAAUGCUCUGCUGAUGUAUCUUGCUACUGAGGACCUGAAGGAUUUCAUGAGUGUAGAACUCAGCGGUGGGCGUAUAAAAGUCAGCUAUGAUCUGGGUUCGGGUACAGCUUCUGUUAUCAGCAACCAAAAUCACAAUGAUGGCAAAUGGAAGUCUUUUACUCUAUCGAGAAUUCAAAAGCAUGCCAACAUAUCAAUUGUAGACAUAGACACCAAUGAAGAAGAGACGAUAGCAACAACCUCUACAGGCAGCCACUUUGGACUCAACUUAAAGGGGCAUGAAAAAAUAUAUUUUGGUGGACUGCCAACCCUUAGAAACUUAAGUAUGAAAGCAAGACCUGAAGUGAACUUAAAGAAAUAUUCAGGUUGCCUCAAAGAGAUAGAAAUUUCAAGGACCCCAUAUAAUAUAUUGAGUAGUCCUGAUUUUGUUGGCCUAACCAAAGGAUGCACACUGGAGAAUAUUUAUACAGUUAGUUUCCCCAAGCAAGGUUUUUUGGAAAUGCCACCUGUCUCCUUUGAUGUGGGCACAGAAAUCAACCUCUCCUUCAGCACCAAGAAUGAGUCUGGAAUCAUUUUGUUUGGCUCAAGCGGCACAGUUGUUCCCCCCAGGAGAAAGCGCAGGAACACUGGAAGGAAAACUGCCCCUUCAAAGAGAAAACGCAGACAGACUGGACAGGCUUACUAUGCAGUGUUCCUGAACAGAGGCCGAUUGGAAGUGCAUAUCUCCACUGGAAUCCAAGAUCCCCACAGGAUCACCAUCAGACCAGAAGCAGUCAAGUUUCAUGAUGGCAGAGCGCACUCUGUUAGGAUAGAAAGAUCUAAAGGGAUGUUCACUGUGCAAGUAGAUGAAGACAAAGUCCAGUCUCAGAGACUGCCAGCAGACCAGCCCAUCUCUGUUAGGAAACUCUUUGUUGGGGGUACAUCUUCUGAGUUUCACACCGUGCCUCUCAGAAACAUACCACCAUUCGAGGGCUGUAUAUGGAAUCUCGUCAUUAAUGCCACCCCCAUGGACUUUGCUGAACAUGUGGCCUUUGAAAAUGCAGAUAUUGGCCAAUGUCCCUUUUUGGAACCAGAGGCCAGGCCACCUGAAGAAGAAGAUAAACCAGUUCAUUCAACAGUCCUGAUCCAACCUGAGCCAGACAGAGAGAAGGAAACAGCAGAGACAUAUCCUGCUGGAGCUUCUCCAUCUCCUCCAACAUCUAUAUCUUCCCCAUUUGACUCACUUGCUGCUGAAAUGAAGAGCGCCGGCAUUACAACUGACCCCAUGACGGACUCCUGCGCUGCCGACACAGAACCAAGCAUUUUGGAAGGUGGCAAGCAUUUUGGUCUUUCAAGGAACAGCCACAUUGCUGUUGCAUUUGAUGACACCAAAGUGAAAAACAGACUUACAAUUGAAUUUGAAGUCCGAACAAUGGCUGACUCUGGCUUGCUGUUUUAUAUGGCCCGCAUCAACCAUGCUGAUUUUGCUACAGUUCAGAUAAAGAGUGGACUGCCUUACUUCAGCUAUGAUCUGGGAAGUGGAGACACCAACACAAUGAUUCCCAAUAAAAUAAAUGAUGGCCAGUGGCACAAGAUAAAAGUCAUUCGAACCAAGCAAGAAGGAAACCUCAUUGUAGAUGGUGUUUCAAACAGGACUGUUAGCCCAAAAAAGGCUGAUAUAUUGGAUGUUGUGGGAAUGCUCUAUGUUGGUGGGCUGCCUGUAAACUACACAACAAGAAGAAUUGGUCCUGUCACCUAUAGCAUUGAUGGCUGCAUCAGAAAUUUUAAGAUGACAGAAUCACCAGUUGACCUGGAUAACCCAACUUCAAGCUUCAGUGUUGGAAAAUGCUUUGUCGCUGCUCAGAAAGGAACGUACUUCGAUGGAACAGGCUUUGCCAAAACAGUUGGUGCAUACAAGGUAGGAACAGAUCUGCUUGUGGAAUUUGAAUUCCGCACAACACGAAUGAAUGGUGUGCUUCUAGGAGUCAGCAGCCAGAAAAUGGAUGGACUUGGCAUCGAAUUAGUGGAUGGAAAAGUGAUGUUUCACGUUGACAAUGGUGCAGGCCGAUUCUCUGCUGUCUAUGAGCCUGAUGCACCAGCCAGCUUGUGUGAUGGGCAGUGGCACAAGGUUGUUGCAAACAAGAUCAAGCACCGUUUAGAGCUGACUGUGGAUGACAGACAGGUGAAUGGUAACAGCCCAAACAGGGCCUCAACCUCAGCAGACACUAAUGACCCCAUCUUUGUAGGAGGAUAUCCCGAUGGUGUGACUCAGUUUGGAUUGACUACUAAUAUUCGUUUCAAAGGAUGCAUUCGAUCUCUGAAGCUCACCAAGGGUACUGCCAAACCUCAAGAGAUUAACUUCAGCAAAGCUCUGGAGCUGAAGGGUGUUCAGGUGUCAUGCCCUGCAAGCUAACUGUCAUUCAGCUCAUGUGGGCCUGUUCAUAUAAGCAUUUCAGACUAAAAACAUAAAACCAACAAACAAAAAAAACCCUAUAUAUACAUUGCAUUCAUAAUAAAAUGCCUUCAUGCAAAUA